GACAGAUCGCUAAGUGAAUGUACGUUGUAAACUGUGCUGCCGUUUAUUACAUGUUUGUUAACACACAAAGACAAUUAUUAUGCUAAUUAUUUGACUGGCACUUGGAUCUGAAGUUUUGACCCAUGUAUAAGUCAAGGGCAAAUUUUUUGGACAGAUUUUUAGGUCUGGAAAGGUCAACUUAUACAUGGGAAAAUAUGGUACUCCAGUUUCACCUUGUUCAGAAACUACCAGCUGUCUUUUUAAAACGUCAACAUCAAACCAGCAGACAAUAGCAAACAGAACAAAUCUGAUAACUGAAAAGAAAAGGAAAUUUUUUGAAGAACCUCCUCCACAAGUGAUGCAUCAAACUUUUACAACUAUGAAUUUAUCAAGACCUUUACUCAAGGCUAUAAAUGAUCUGGGAUUUAGUCAUCCUACGCCUAUCCAGACCUCAACUAUUCCUGUGGCUCUGAUGGGCAAAGACAUCUGUGCAUGUGCUGCAACAGGAACAGGAAAGACAGCAGCAUAUAUGCUUCCGAUAUUGGAGCGACUUAUUUACCGACCUCAGCAGGCGUCAGUAACAAGGGUCCUCAUUCUAACUCCCACAAGAGAGCUGGCCAUUCAGAUUCAUUCUGUAACCAAAGCAUUGUCCAAACACACCAACAUCCAAGUGUGCCUGGCUACAGGGGGCUUGGAUGGGAAGAGCCAGGAAGCAGCAUUACGUAAAGGACCUGACAUCGUGAUUGCUACUCCUGGGAGACUUGUGGAUCACUUGCAUAACACCCCGUCAUUUAACCUGCAAACCGUGGAGAUAAUAGUGCUGGAUGAAGCUGACAGAAUGCUAGAUGAGAACUUUAAAGACCAGAUGGAGGAAAUUAUGAAGCUCAGUCCACGUGGAAGGCAAACAAUGCUAUUCUCAGCAACAAUGACAGAUGAGGUUGAAGAGCUUGUCAGUCUUUCAUUGAAUCAGCCCGUGCGCCUGUUUGUUGACAAUAAUACCGACGUCGCUCAUAACUUGCGCCAGGAGUUUGUAAGGAUCAGGAGUAACAGAGAAGAAGAUCGCUUAGCUAUUAUCACAGCACUAUGCAGUAGAACGUUCAACGAACAUUGCCUGAUAUUUUUGCAAACUAAAACGUCAGCUCACAGACUGAGAAUAAUCUUAGGGCUGCUGGGAUUGAACGUGGAAGAGCUCCAUGGAAACUUGACACAAUUACAGAGGCUGGAAGCUUUAAGGAAAUUCAAGGCCGGCGAAGUUGACAUUCUUGUAGCUACGGACUUAGCAUCUAGAGGACUGGAUAUUUUAGGAGUGAAAACGGUCAUUAACGCCAACCUUCCGCCGACGCUGAAGCAGUAUAUUCACAGAGUUGGAAGAACAGCUCGGGCGGGACGCAGUGGAAGAUCUGUUUCGCUAGUCGGAGAAAAAGAAAGAAAACUGCUGAAGGAAAUUGUAAAAUUAGCCAAGACACCAGUGAAAAGUAGAAUAGUCCCUACAGAGGUGAUUGAGAAAUAUAAAAGCAAGAUUCAAGGACUCGAGAAGGACUUGAAGGAAAUUUUGAAACAAGAAAGCGAAGAAAAAGAGCUGAGAAUCUCAGAGAUGGAGAUGAAUAAAGCACGGAACCUUAUUGAACACGAAGAAGAGAUCUUCUCCAGGCCUCCGCGGGUGUGGUUUCAAAGCAAGGCAGACCUAAAAAGAAAGUCUGACAAAGCAGCAAACGGACCAGCCAGCAAGAAAUCCAAAAAUGAAAACAAGAAAGGAAGGAUUGCAGUCAGCGCAAAUGAAAACGAAGAGGAUAAGAAGAAGCGAAAAGAGAUGGAAUUCAUCGCACGAGAGGUCAAGCGGUCGAAAAAAAAGAAACGCUUGCACGCCUUCCCGCCGGACAAACCCGAUUUCAACUCUAAAGCAGGAAAAUCAUCAAAAACGAAGAGUGCUGCCGCUGCUGGUGGUUCACGGCUCAAGGCAUUUGACAAAGAACUCACGGAUACAAGCAAAAAAGCGCUAAAAACCUUCAGACAGAGCUCAAGACCCGAUGAUUCAAAGAAGUUCAAGAAAAGUCCAGGAAGGUUUAAAUCAAAGAAAAGAUACAAGAGAAGAUGACCCGAGUACAGUUGCAAGAGCCGAAACUGAAUAAAUUUUUAUUUUAAACUGAAUCCAUUGAAUCACCGGAGAGAAAUUAAAGAUCAUGAGUUCCUCGCUGUCAAGGUGUAGAGCCACAGAGUACGUCUUGUUAUUUCUCAAUUCAGUUCCCAUGGCUUGUUGCCCUGAGUAUUGGACCCUUUAUUUGUAAUGGUUUUGGAAGAAAGCCUAUCUGAAAAUCGCCGUGUUUCAAUAAAUUGAACUUUUCGAAAGAAAGUAGGAA